UAACGAUGGCGCACAAUUAUAUUGUGACUGCCCAGAAACCAACAGCGGUUACCGCUUGCGUUACCGGAAACUUUACCUCUCCGAACGAUCUAAAUCUGAUUGUGGCGAAAUGUUCCCGGUUAGAAAUUUACCUCGUAACACCGGAAGGGUUGCGGCCAAUCAAAGAGAUAGGAAUCAAUGGGAAAAUUGCCGUAAUGAAGUUGUUCCGUCCGGCGGAAGAAAAAAAAGAUUUAAUAUUCAUCCUCACCAGCCGGUACAAUGCGAUGAUUUUGCAGUGUGCAGUACAGGGUGACGAUAUCGAAAUCAUCACAAAAGCGCACGGUAAUGUGUCGGAUCGCGUUGGCAAACCGGCCGAAACCGGCAUACUGGCGGUGAUCGAUCCGAAGGCACGCGUCAUUGGUAUGCGGCUGUACGAGGGGUUGUUUAAGAUUAUACCGCUGGACAAGGAUACGAACGAGCUGAAAGCGACCAGCCUACGGAUGGAGGAGAUGCACGUACAGGAUGUGGAGUUUCUGUACGGCACGGCACAUCCGACGAUGAUCGUUAUCCAUCAGGACAUUAACGGGCGGCACAUUAAAACGCAUGAGAUCAGUCUGAAGGAUAAGGAAUUUACGAAGAUCGCUUGGAAGCAGGAUAACGUUGAAACGGAAGCGACGUUGCUGAUCGCGGUUCCGAUGCCACUCGGUGGUGCGAUCGUGAUUGGACAGGAAUCGAUCGUGUAUCACGAUGGAGAUAGUUAUGUGGCGGUUGCUCCGGCGAUCAUUAAGCAGAGUACGAUCAAUUGCUACGCACGGAUCGACAGUAAAGGAUUGCGAUAUUUGUUGGGAAAUAUGGCGGGCAAUCUGUUUAUGAUGUUCCUGGAGACGGAGGAGAACGCCAAAGGGCAAACGACGGUACGAGACAUUAAGGUGGAGCUGUUGGGUGAAAUAACGAUUCCCGAGUGUAUCACGUAUCUGGAUAAUGGUGUGCUAUUUAUCGGAUCGCGGCACGGUGAUUCGCAGCUGGUUAAGUUGAAUACGACGGCGGGCGAAAAUGGCGCGUACGUAAUGCUGAUGGAAACGUUCACUAAUCUAGCGCCGAUCGUGGACAUGUGUGUGGUGGAUCUGGAGCGUCAGGGCCAGGGACAGAUGAUUACUUGCUCGGGAAGCUUCAAGGAAGGUUCGUUGCGUAUCAUACGCAAUGGGAUCGGCAUUCAAGAGCAUGCGUGUAUCGAUCUGCCGGGCAUCAAGGGUAUGUGGGCGCUUCGCAUUGGAAUUGAAGAUUCACCGUACGAUAAUACGUUGAUCCUGUCGUUCGUUGGCCAUACCCGUGUUCUGGAGCUUUCGGGCGACGAGGUAGAGGAAACGGAAAUUCCCGGCAUUCUGGGUGAUCAGCAAACGUUCUACUGUGCGAACGUUUCGCACGGGCAAAUUCUACAGAUAACACCAACCUCGGCGCGUCUUAUUUCUUGCGACAAUAAGGCAAUGACCUGCGAAUGGAAACCACCGGACGGUAAGCGGAUCGGUGUGGUAGCUGCCAACACAACGCAGAUUGUAUGUGCUUCGGCACAGGACGUCUAUUACGUUGAGAUCGAAAAUGGCAAGCUGGAAUACAAAGCCCAAACGACGCUCAAGUAUGAAGUCGCCUGUCUGGAUGUGUCACCGCUCGAUGAAAAUGCAACCCGAUCGGACUUUGUGGCGGUUGGUCUGUGGACGGACAUUUCGGCGUGCGUCCUAAAGGUCCCAACGUUGGAGCUACUGCACGAGGAAAAGCUUGGUGGUGAAAUAAUCCCACGCUCGAUCCUGAUGGCCGCAUUCGAGAGCAUUAACUACUUGCUGUGCGCGCUGGGCGAUGGAUCGAUGUAUUACUUCGUGCUGAACAAAAGCACCGGCAACUUGAAGGAACAGAAAAAGGUUACGCUCGGUACGCAGCCAACGAUUUUGAAAACGUUCCGUUCGCUGUCCACUACGAACGUGUUUGCCUGCUCGGAUCGUCCGACGGUUAUUUACAGCUCCAACCACAAGCUCGUCUUUUCGAACGUUAAUCUAAAGGAGGUGAACCAUAUGUGUUCGCUGAAUGCGGAAGCUUAUCAGGAUUCGCUCGCCCUUGCCACGCGCAACUCGGUCAUCUUCGGGACGAUUGAUGAAAUUCAAAAGCUACACAUACGCACGGUACCGCUCGGCGAGUCACCGAGACGGAUUGCGUACCAGGAAGCGUCACAAACGUUCGGUGUCAUUACGUUCCGGAUGGAUGUGCAGGAUUCGAGCGGUUUAACGCCGGCACGCCAGAGUGCCUCAACGCAGACGAACAACAUUACCCAGUCGAGUGGUAUGGGACUGCUAAAGCCGGGCGCGGCCAGCAAUACCGAGUUUGGCCAGGAGGUGGAAGUACACAAUCUGCUGAUUAUCGAUCAGAACACGUUCGAGGUACUGCACGCCCAUCAGUUCAUGCAAUCCGAGUACGCACUGUCGCUGAUGUCGGCCAAGCUGGGAAACGAUCCGAACACGUACUUUGUGGUCGGUACCGGGUUGGUUAAUCCGGAAGAGCCGGAACCGAAAAUUGGACGUAUCAUCAUCUAUCGGUACGCGGACAAUGAGCUGAAGCUGAUCAGUGACAAGGAGGUGAAGGGUGCGUGCUAUUCGCUGGUCGAGUUUAAUGGGCGGGUACUGGCGUGCAUUAAUUCUACCGUCCGGCUGUACGAGUGGACCGACGAUAAGGAUCUCCGGCUAGAGUGUAGCCAUUUCAACAACAUACUGGCGCUGUACUGCAAAACGAAAGGGGACUUCAUACUGGUCGGCGAUCUGAUGCGUUCGAUCACGCUGCUGCAGUACAAACAGAUGGAGGGUAGCUUUGAGGAGAUUGCACGCGAUUACCAACCAAACUGGAUGACGGCCGUCGAAAUACUCGACGACGAUGCAUUCCUCGGCGCCGACAACAGCCACAAUCUGUUCGUCUGCCUUAAGGAUAGUGCAGCCACCACGGACGAAGAGCGACAGCAGAUGCCGGAGGUGGCCCAAUUUCAUCUGGGCGAUCUGGUCAAUGUAUUCCGCCACGGUUCGCUCGUAAUGCAAAACAUAAGCGAACGCACCACUCCAACGAACGGUUGCGUACUGUUCGGCACGGUAAGCGGUGCGAUCGGGCUGGUAACGCAAAUUCAGAGCGAUUUCUACGAGUUCCUUCGGAAGCUACAGGAAAACCUUACCAACACGAUCAAAUCGGUGGGCAAGAUUGAUCAUUCGUAUUGGCGCAGUUUUCACACCGAUUCGAAGAUGGAACGGUGUGAAGGUUUCAUCGAUGGCGAUUUGGUCGAAAGCUUUCUCGAUCUGAGCCGCGAAAAGAUGCAGGAAGCGUCAAUGUUGCUCGAGAUCGAUGUGGAUGGUUCGAAGCGUGAGGCCACGGUCGAUGAUAUCAUUAAACUGGUGGAAGAUCUUACCAGAAUACACUAGAG